UUGUGACGACAUUUCCGGCGCGGCUUCCGGCGGCGGGGCGACCCGUGCUGUGUCAGGCCGGCGCUGCCGCCAUGGCGGGUGAGGGCAGCACGUUCCGGCUGCGCUGCUCCCUGCUAGGGCAUGGGCAGGACGUGCGGGGCCUCACCCGUGGCCUCUUUCCGGAAGGCGGCUUUGUGUCCGUUUCGCGGGACAGAACCGCGCGGCUCUGGGCCCCUGAUGGUCUUAACAGGGGUUUUACUGAGAUGCACUGUAUGAGUGGGCACUCAAAUUUUGUAUCUUGUGUGUGCAUCAUACCUCCAAGUGACCUCUAUCCUCGUGGGCUGAUUGCAACUGGUGGCAAUGAUCAUAAUAUUUGCAUUUUCACAGUUGACAACCCAGCUCCUCUUUACAUCCUUAAGGGUCAUAAAAACACAGUUUGCAGCCUUUCAUCUGGGAAAUUUGGCACAUUAUUAAGUGGAUCAUGGGAUACAACAGCAAAAGUCUGGUUGAAUGACAGGUGUAUGAUGACAUUACAGGGUCACACAGCUGCAAUAUGGGCAGCGAAGAUACUUCCUGAACAGGGAUUAAUGUUGACUGGUUCAGCUGACAAAACUAUAAAACUGUGGAAGGCAGGCAGAUGUGAAAGAACGUUCACUGGGCAUGAAGAUUGUGUAAGAGGUUUAGCUAUUCUCAGUGAAAUGGAGUUCCUUUCCUGUGCUAAUGAUGCUAGUGUUCGAAGAUGGCAGAUCUCUGGCGAGUGUCUGCAGGUGUAUUAUGGACAUACAAAUUAUAUAUACAGUAUCUCUGUCUUCCCUCGAUGUAAAGAUUUUGUAACUACUGGAGAGGAUAGAUCUCUUAGAAUCUGGAGAAAAGGGGAAUGUGCUCAAACAAUCAGACUCCCAGCUCAGUCUGUAUGGUGCUGCUGUGUUUUAGACAAUGGUGACAUCGUAGUUGGUGCAAGUGAUGGAAUUAUAAGGGUGUUUACAGAGUCCUUGGAACGUACAGCAAGUGCUGAGGAGAUUCAAGCUUUUGAAAAUGAGCUUGCCCAAGCAUCCAUUGACCCUAAAACUGGUGAUUUAGGAGAUAUCAAUGCUGAUGACCUUCCUGGAAGAGAACACCUUAAGGAUCCUGGAACAAGAGAUGGACAGACACGGCUUAUUAAAGAUAAUGGGAAAGUAGAAGCAUAUCAAUGGAGUGUCAGUGAAGGAAGAUGGAUAAAGAUCGGCGAUGUUGUUGGUUCUUCUGGAGCCACACAGCAAACAUCUGGAAAAGUUUUAUUUGAAGGAAAGGAAUAUGACUAUGUUUUCACCAUUGAUGUAAAUGAAAAUGGGCCUUCAUACAAACUGCCAUAUAACAUCACUGAUGAUCCUUGGCUGACUGCAUACAACUUCCUGCAAAAGAAUGAUCUAAAUCCUAUGUUUCUGGAUCAGGUGGCCAAGUUUAUUAUGGACAACACUAAGGGGCAAACAUUGUUGAGUACAAGUAAUCAAUUUUCAGAUCCAUUUACAGGUGCUGGACGUUAUGUUCCAGGCUCUUCAUCUGGAUCGAGUACAAUACCUGGGGCAGACCCAUUUACAGGUGCUGGUCGCUAUGUUCCUGGUUCAGCAUCAAAUGCAGCACCUCCGAUGGGCGGGGUUGAUCCAUUUACGGGAAUGAGUGCCUACCAGUCAACUGCAGCUAAAGUUGAAAAUAUUUAUUUUCCGAAGAAGGAUGCUGUCACCUUUGACCAGGCCAAUCCUACGCAAAUACUAGGCAAAUUAAAGGAACUUAAUGGCAGUGCAGCUGAAGAACAUAAACUUACCGAAGAUGACUUGAUAAUCUUAGAAAAGUUACUGUCUGCAACAUGCAACACCUCUGCGGAAACACCUACAGCACAGCAGCUUCAGACUUUAUGGAGAGCAGUUAACUGGCCAGAAGAUAUUGUCUUUCCAGCUCUAGACAUUCUUAGAUUGUCUGUCAGGCAUCCCACUGUGAAUGAAAACUUCUGCAGUGAAAAGGAGCAUGUACAAUUUAUCAUCCUUCUUCUUAAAUUUCUGAAUCCGAAAGGCAAGCAAGCAAAUCAGCUGUUGGCACUUAGAGCUCUUUGCAAUUGUUUUGUCAGCCAUGCAGGCCAGAAGCUCAUGAUGGAACAGAGGGAUGAAAUAAUGACACAAGCAAUAGAAACUAAAUCAGGCAAUAAUAAGAACAUCCACAUUGCAUUGGCCACACUGACAUUGAACUAUGCUGUAUGUUUACAUAAAGUCAACAACAUUGAGGGCAAAGCUCAAUGUUUAUCAGUAAUCAGCACAGUUAUGGAAGUUGUUCAAGAUCUUGAAGCCAUUUUUAGACUGCUUGUGGCUCUUGGGACACUAAUCAGUGAUGAUACAAAUGCUGUGCAAUUAGCUAAGUCUCUGGGAGUUGAUUCUCAAAUAAAAAAGUAUGCCUCUGUAUCUGAACCUGCUAAAGUAAAAGAAUGCUGUAGAUUUGUUCUUAAUCUGUUAUAAUAACUUUUUUUCUUAGCACUUGAAAGACAGUGUAUGCAGAAAAAAAGAUGCUUUUGUUCAUAUUUUGUGGCAGACUAUACUUGGGAAAAUACUGUGGAUUAAUUACACUUGACUUAUUGCAAGAUACAGAGCAAAUAAAACUUUUUUCACUGUU